UUGUCCAUUCACCACGGAAACAGUGUACUUAAAUUGAGGAAAACUCAGUAGUCUCAGUAAGGCGAACAAACGCGCUUGCUCUCAGAAGUGUGAAUGAUAGCUAAGAAAAUGAUGUUCUUGAAAUCGUCCGAUGAUAUCUUGUCGCAAAAUUCGUCCAGAAUUUGCAAUAAAAAAUUAUUUGGUGCUAUCUUGAACUCGACAAAUGGAGUUGCGUUGAAUCGACGGAGAAGAAAACUACUUCUUACACAUUAGGUUUUGCUUCUUAUUUCUGCUACUUAACAAAGGAAAAUGAUGUUAUCAUAUUGGAGGAUUGCACAUUCCUUUGGCUCUCCUAUUGGAAGAUGCUCAAGAACAACUUGGACAGAGUUGCACAAUCCUUCAAUCAGUCCUUUUGAAGAUGCUUAAGAAUAAAUUGGUAAUGAUGAAAAAGAACUGAGAGUGUAAUACACUGUAGCACUGGUGGGAAAUUAUACAGGAAUUUUAUAUGGACUAUGAUCGAUCAACUUGGGUGUGCCAGUUCUUUCUGCAAACAACAAAGUAAAUAGUAUUGUUUUUAAUUCUAAAUAACAAUAUUUACCACUAACGUUAGAGAUCCUUAGCUUAACCAUGUCAUAGAUUCGUCCCAUGAUUAUAGCAGUCGUAGCAUUAUUUUGUUGUACAGUUCAAUGCUUUAUCAUACUGUCUAUGGUAUUUUGCCAUUGCUUUUUCAUUUUCGGUAUUUCCUUUUUUUCAAUCUGCUUUGGACUGUUUUUUCUUGAGCUGAGGGUCUAUUGGUAACAACCUCUCUACCCCUAAGGUAGGGGUAAGGUCUGCGUACACCCUAUCUCUACCCUUCCAGAACCCACUUUUUUGGAUUACAUUGGAUAUGUUGUUGUUGUUGUUGAUGAAAUGUGUGAUUCUAUUUGUAAGGUACUCUCGAGGUCAAACUUCUAGAGCACGACAAAUAAACAUUUAUUGUUCACACGUCUUCAUAAAGAAAUCCAAUCAAUGGUUAAAUGAAGGGUCGUUUCUUUAUUAAUGAUGAACACAUCUUAGAACUAAUCCUAAUAAUUAUGGAACUAGCGAUGACUUCAAAAUUAAUGCCUAGUAACUCUCUUGGGGGUGGGGGCAAGAAGGAAAAGGGAGUUACGACAUGGUGCUCCUGCUAUUUAAAGGCCUUUCUUCCCCUGAUAUGAUCCAAUAUAGAGAAGACAUGGAUUUUGAUAGUUCGUUAAUGGAACUCCCAAAAUCCUCAUCAGCACUACCUUCAGAAUUGCAAAUACCGAUUCGUAUGCAUAGCUCCAUGCCAAGUAACAACAAAAUUCAGCAGGAUGAAGAUGAAAGGGACCCAAGGUUUAUGCAAUUGCUAAAAGAAAAUCUCUCCUGUUUCUGGAAUCGACAAAAGGAAGAAAUUCUACGUGCAGAUCCAAAGAGAAAACCUGAGAUGCCCAUUUCAAGGAUCAGACGGGCUAUGAAGUCAAAUGAUCAAGUAAAGAUGGUUAGCGCACAUUCUACGGUUUUGCUUUCGAAAGCAAUUGAGAUGUUCAUCAUGGAGCUCACCCUUCGUGCGUGGAUGCAAGCUGAUCAAGGCAAAUGCCGAACUCUGAAGCGUUAUGACUUUGCUAGGGCCAUAAGGGAUGAAGAGCUUUUUGAUUUCCUCUCUGACAUCGUUCCACUCCAGACAUCUAAGCUACAGUGCCAAUUUCAGGUGCAAAAGGAGGCAAAUGAUGGCCAAGGAAAUGACUCUAACCCAGCUUAUCAGGUGGUUCAAUCUAAUAACAUUUCAGUGCAAAAGGCAAAUGAUGGCCAAGGAAAUGAAUCUCACCCAGCUUAUCAAGUGCUUCAACCUAAUAACAUUCCAUACGAAUUUCAGGUAGAAGAGGAAGCAAAUGUUGGCCAAGGAAAUGAAUUUCACUCAGCCUGUCAAAUGUUUCAGCCUAAUAACAUUCCAGUGGAAGAGGCAAAUGAUGUCCAAGGAAAUAAAUUUGACUUUGCUAAUCGAAUGGUUCAGCCUCAUAACAUUCCAUGCCAAUUUCAGGUGCAGGACAAGGCAAAUGAUGGCCAAGGAAAUGAAGUUCACCCAGCUUAUCAAAUGGUUCAACCAAAUAAGCCUCCACUACCGUGCCAAUUUCAGGUGCAAAAGGAGGCAAAUGAUGGCCAAGGAAAUGAAUCUAACCCAGCUUAUCAAGUGGUUCAACCUUGUAACAUUCCACCAAAGUACCAAUUUCAGGUAGAAGGGGAUGCGAAUGGUAGCCAAGGAAAUGAAUUUCACCCGGCUUGUCAAAUGGUUCAGCCUCAUAAAAUUCCAGCUUCUUUCAUCAGUAACCAAGCAAUUCCAGCGCCCCUGACUAAUUUAUCUCCUGAAGCGCAGUUCAACAUUGAUGAUUUUUUAAUGGAAGAGGCAGAUGAUGUGCAAGGAAAUAAAUUUCACCUGGCUAAUCAAAUGGUUCAGCCUCAUAACAUUCCACAGCAGCAGCUGUACCAAUUUCAGGUGCGAGGUGAGGAAAAUGAUUGCCAAGGCAAUGAAUUUGACCCAGCUUAUAAUGUUCAUCCUAAUAACAUUUCGCUACAAUGCCAAUUUCAGGUGCAGGCGGAGGCAAAUGAUGGCCAAGGAAAUGAAUUUCACCCAACUUAUCAAAUGGGUCAACCUAAUAACAUCCCAGCUUCUUUCAUCAGUGCCCAAGGAAUUCCAGCACCUUUCAUGCUACCACCUCUGAUUAAUUUAUCCCCUGAACCUGAGUUUGACAUAGAUGAAUUUUUAGUGGACAUUGGGGAGGGAUUUUAAAGUGGGAGUUAAACUCAGUUACUAGGUAUUUAGCCUUUUUAAUAGACAAAAAAAAGUGUUAUGUUUUAGGACUUACUGCUGAAAGAAUGCAGUGUCUGUGUUAAGUGGUGUAAGCACUGCUUUUGUUCAAUGUUUAAAUAAAUAAACACUUCAAUGAGAGGUGAAUGAAGUCUUGCUUCUGGAUA